CUCUGCCAUAUUUACCAGCGCCGCCAUUUUGUCGCUGUUUCCACCGCGUCUCCGUGGGCGAGGCCUCGGGGAACCUGCGGCCGCUGGAAGCCCUGCAAGCCGGGGGAGCGGUGAUACUCGAGCAGCGGGCGGGAAGCGCGUUCAGGUUGCCCCCGCCCAACGAGAGAGAAGAGGAGGGGGGGGGAAGCCUUCGACCGGAGCGUCCACCACACCCGGUGGCUGUGGCGAUGGGCCGGUCUCGGAGCCGCAGCUCGUCGCGCUCGAAGCACGCCAAGAGCAGCAAGCACGGCAAGCGGCGGACCCGCUCGCACUCGCGGGACAAGGAGCGGCCCCGCAAACGCUCCAAGUCCCGGGAGAAGAAGAGCCGCCGGCACGCGGCCAACCGGGAGUCGCGCUCCCGCUCCCGCUGCCGGACCACGCCGGAGCGUAUCGACAUCUUCGGCCGCAACCUGAGCAAGAGGAGCAGCCUGGAUGAGAAGCAGAAGCGGGAGGAGGAGGAGAAGAAAGCCGAGCUGGAGAGGCAGCGCAAGAUUCGACAGCAGGAAAUAGAAGAGAAGCUGAUUGAGGAAGAAACUGCAAGAAGAGUGGAAGAACUUGUAGCCAAACGUGUGGAAGAAGAGUUGGAAAAACGUAAAGAUGAGAUUGAGCGUGAGGUACUCCGACGUGUCGAGGAGGCCAAGCGCAUUAUGGAAAAGCAACUGUUGGAGGAGCUUGAGCGGCAGCGGCAUGCUGAGCUCGCUGCACAGAAAGCUAGAGAGGAGGAAGAACGAGCUAAACGAGAAGAACUUGAGCGAAUAUUGGAGGAAAAUAAUCGAAAAAUAGCAGAAGCUCAAGCUAAAUUGGCUGAAGAGCAAUUGAAAAUUGUUGAAGAGCAAAGAAAAAUCCAUGAAGAAAGGAUGAAGCUAGAGCAAGAAAGACAGCGCCAACAAAAGGAAGAACAAAAACUGAUCCUGGGCAAGGGGAAGUCCAGGCCAAAGCUGUCCUUCUCACUGAAAAGUUCUGUUGGAUAACUUUGUGCUUGUGUUCUUUUUUUUAACCUUGUAGCUUCAUGUUGAAGUGUUUUUGGAAAAGACAAAGUUCGAAUGAUCAGAUGUGGGCUGUGCUCUACAACAUUUCUUAGCAGAAUGAGAAAUGUGAUUUUAAAACUGAAAUCCAACAUCCUGUUUAUCAGUACAAUGGAACCCUGUAUAGAGCAUCUCUGAUUUGUAGAUGUAAAAUGUUCUCAAACAAAUCAUCCUCAUCAGUUUUCUUCACAAAUUGACUGUAGUAGAUUGGGACUUUGAAAGAUUAAGGGAUCUUCACAGAGAUGAUCUAAAGAUGGGUUCCGCUGUCGUUAACUUAGCAAACCCAAUGUGAUGUAAAUGUUAAGUAGUAUUGGGAUGAUGUAGUAAUAUCAACUGUAAAUGAAGCAAAUUAGCAAUGGUGCCCAUUUUAAAUUCAUUUGUUUUUGAUCUGUAAUCAAAAUUGAUAGCCCGACAAACCCUGAAUUAACCGUGGAGUCUGUCUGUGGUGUGUUAACAAAUUCAAUGCUGUUGUCUCUGGAAUGGCUGCUGACAUUCACAGGUAAGGAAACUCACCACAUUCUGGGGGCAAGGAGAAUUAUUGUCUGGAUCUGCAGUACACAUACCUCUUAAUGUUCUGAUUUGUUUUCAUCAUUUAGCAAAAGUUAGCGUGCUUUUUUCCCCAUAUUGUAAAUGUACAAACUACACAAAUAAAAAUAAGAUUUUAAAUGCA